GGUAAAGCCUAGAUACAUACACAACUUGUCGAGGAUCGAAACUACAGUUGAGCGUUUUGCGAUCCUUCGUUUCAUUAGCUCUCGAGCGCUCCUCAAGGUUCAUCGUUGCGCGUUGAUCAACCAAGAUCGUUCUGUUUGUUUUCCUUUGUUCGAUAAGAAAUAAACAACCAUGAAGACCCUUCUUGUUGUAUUCAUGGCUAUUUUCGCUGUGGCGCAGGCUGUUUCAUUUUUGGAUCUUGUUGAAGCCGAAUGGAGCACCUUCAAGAUCGAACAUAACAAAAAGUACGAGAGCGAUGUAGAGGACAAAUUCAGAAUGAAAAUUUUUAUGGAAAACAAACAUAAAAUCGCUCAACACAAUCUCAAAUACGGAGCUGGUCAUGUUUCGUACAAACUGGCGAUCAACAAAUACGGCGAUUUGCUUCACCACGAGUUCAUCCGAAAGAUGAAUGGCUUCAAAAGACCAUCCGGCAAACUUUUGGGAUCAGAGAAAAAACUGGUAGGCGCUAAGUUCAUAGCGCCAGCGAAUGUUGAGCUUCCAUCGGAAGUCGAUUGGAGAAAGAGCGGUGCUGUUACACCUGUUAAAGACCAGGGACAUUGCGGUUCUUGCUGGGCAUUCUCAAGCACUGGCGCCUUGGAAGGCCAACACUUCAGACACACCGGUGUACUGAUUUCUCUCAGUGAACAAAAUCUCAUCGACUGCUCCGGUAAAUACGGUAACAACGGAUGCGAGGGUGGGCUCAUGGAUCAAGCUUUCAAAUACAUCAAAGACAACAAGGGACUUGAUACUGAAAAGUCCUACCCUUAUGAAGCCGAAGAUGACAAGUGCAGAUACAAUCCCAAAAACAGUGGUGCCGAGGACGUUGGCUUCGUUGACAUACCGGAAGGUGAUGAGGAAAAAUUGAAAGCCGCAGUCGCGACCGUCGGACCGGUAUCAAUCGCUAUCGACGCUUCUCAACAAAGCUUCCAAUUCUAUUCCGAAGGAGUGUACAAUGAGACUGAUUGCUCAAGCACCGAAUUGGAUCAUGGAGUCCUGGUUGUUGGAUAUGGAACCGAUGAGGAGGGCAACGAUUAUUGGCUCAGCGGUGCCGUUUCGCGCGUCAAAGAUCAGGGACAAUGCGGUUCUUGCUGGGCAUUCUCAGCUACCGGCUCAUUGGAAGGGCAACACUUCAAAAAAACCGGCAUCAGGGUGUCACUGAGCGAGCAAAAUCUCGUCGAUUGUUCCGGUCCAUGGGGCAACAACGGUUGCGGGGGUGGUCUCAUGGAUAAUGCGUUUCAGUACAUCAAAGAUAACGGCGGUAUAAAUACCGAGUCGGUUUAUCCUUAUGAAGCAGAAGACAACAAGUGCAGAUUCGUUCGGAAUAAAAUAGGAGCGCAAGACUUUGGCUUCGUCGACAUACCGUCUCAUGACGAGCAAGCAUUGAAAGCGGCAGUCGCGACGGUCGGACCGAUUGCGAUCGCUAUCGACGCUUCUUCUUAUAGUUUCCAAUUAUAUUCUGGUGGUGUGUACAUUGAACCGGAUUGCUCGAGCGACAAUUUAGAUCACGGAGUGUUGGCUGUUGGGUAUGGACAUGCACAAAACGGCGGAGAUUAUUGGGUGGUUAAAAACAGCUGGGGCCUAGAUUGGGGAAUAGAUGGAUACAUCUUAAUGGCCAGAAACCGCAGUAACCAAUGCGGUGUUGCGACUAUGGCGAGUUAUCCAAUCGUCUAAAGAAUCUAAAGAUCUUUGACAAUCUCAUUAUUACAAAACGCCCGAUCGCAAGAAGCGAACGUUCGAUAGAUAAUUAUCCUCGCUGUUUUAAAUUCAUCCUUUUUUUUUCAUGUGUAGUUAUUCGCACUACAAAAUUAUUGUACAUACAAUCUUCAAAUACAUACUUUCAACGCA